AUGGCAGCCACGCCGCCCGCCCCUGCGCCCGCGCCCGCACCCGCCCGCGACGACCAUGCUCCGCCACCUGUACAACCGCCUCAACAACAGAAGACACGUUCUAUUGUGGUAUCUCUGACGCCCGCGCGGGAGCGGGAGACGUGGGCGAAGAAGGUCGAGUUCCUGCUGGCUGUGGUCGGGUUUGCGGUCGACCUCGGCAAUGUGUGGCGCUUCCCUUACAUCUGCUACCAGAACGGCGGCGGUGCGUUCCUGAUCCCGUAUUGCAUAAUGCUGCUCUUUGGCGGUCUUCCCCUGUUCUUCAUGGAGCUGGCGCUGGGACAGUACCAUCGCUGCGGAUGUCUUACGCUCUGGAAGAAGAUCUGUCCUGCACUUAAAGGCGUGGGCUACGCAAUUUGCAUGAUCGACAUUUACAUGGGCAUGUACUACAACACGAUCAUCGGCUGGGCAGUGUACUACCUGGUGGCUUCCCUAGCAUCCCUGGGCUCGCAGCUGCCAUGGACCAGCUGCGACAACGAGUGGAACACGCCUCUCUGCACGCCCAUCACCUCGCCGCAGAUCUUUCUCAACGCUACUACGCCUGCCAAGGAAUUCUUCGAACGCAACGUGCUGGAACAACACAGGUCUAACGGGCUGGACGACAUGGGUCCUAUUAAGCCAUCGCUCGCACUCUGCGUCUUUGGAGUCUUCGUCCUCGUCUACUUCUCGCUAUGGAAAGGCGUCAGGAGUGCUGGCAAGGUGGUGUGGGUAACAGCUCUGGCUCCGUAUGUUGUAUUACUGAUUCUGCUUGCAAGAGGCGUCACCUUGCCAGGAGCCACGGAGGGUAUCCGUUACUACCUCACGCCCGAAUGGCAUAAGUUGCAAAACUCCAAGGUAUGGAUUGACGCAGCAUCUCAGAUCUUCUUCUCCCUCGGCCCUGGCUUCGGAACGUUGCUGGCGUUGUCCAGCUACAACAAGUUCGACAACAACUGUUACCGCGACGCACUCCUCACUUCUUCUAUUAAUUGCCUCACCAGCUUCUUAGCCGGAUUCGUCAUCUUCUCCGUCCUAGGGUACAUGGCGCACGUGCAGAACAAGAGCAUUGAAGAGGUGGGUCUAGAGGGCCCGGGGCUGGUGUUCAUUGUGUACCCCGAAGCCAUUGCCACCAUGACAGGUUCCGUCUUCUGGGCCAUCAUAUUCUUCCUUAUGCUCAUCACCUUGGGACUGGACAGUACUUUUGGAGGUUUAGAAGCGGUGACGACAGCACUUUGCGAUGAAUAUCCCCGCGUGUUGGGCAGACACCGAGAGAUAUUUGUUGCUGUUCUCCUGCUCUUCAUCUACAUCUGUGCGUUACCAACCACAACAUACGGCGGUGUAUACUUGGUGGAUCUUCUAAACGUGUACGGCCCCGGUCUGGCGAUCUUGUUCCUGGUGUUCGCGGAGGCAGCGGGCGUAUGCUGGUUAUACGGCGUCGACAGGUUCUCUGAGGACGUGCGCAGCAUGCUUGGACACACUCCCGGGAUAUUUUGGCGCGCUUGCUGGACUUAUAUAAGCCCUGUGUUCCUGCUUGGUCUGUUCGUGUUCUCCGUGUUAUCACACGAGGAGAUGCUGGGCGGCGAGUACACGUACCCUCGCUGGUCUAUUGCUGUUGGCUGGGUGAUGACAGGCACCACCGUCUCCUGCGUGCCCUUGUAUAUCAUCUACAAGUUCAUCAUCACCCCGGGUAGCUGCUACCAGCGUAUAAUAACCAUCAAGCGGCCAGAGGAGAGUUCUGCACCGGCGGGCGAGGUGGCCGUCUGCAGCCUGUGACUGCCGCCGCCCGUCGAGUGGCUCGUCUAACUCUGAUCUCAUCACUUAUCUUCAAAAUCAAGUAAGCCGAC